CCCUAAGCCCUAUAAGUACCCGUUUUCCGUGUUCUGCCCUUCAUAAUAGGUGGAGGACGAUGGGAGCGAGAGGAAGCGGGAUGUUCUGGUUCGCCAUCUUCACGUGGGGGGGAAUGGUGAUGUUUGAUGUGAUGGGACAGAAGGUCCUCGUCACGUCACCUCUGGGAACGGUCAUUGGACUCUCAGAGAAAUCUGUUGGAGGGAAACCAUACGCUGCGUUCAGAGGAAUCCCUUAUGCCAAGCCACCCACGGGCAGCAGACGUUUCAUGCCUCCAGAACGGCUGGAAUCGUGGGGAGAAAAAUUGGAAGCGUUCCGUGACGGAGCCGAAUGCCUUCAGAUGGAUGUCCUCGUCACGUUGAACAUAACGGGACGGGAGGACUGCCUCUACCUCAAUGUUUUCACCCCAAUCACAAAUGAAACGGAGAACUUGCCAGUGAUCUUCUUCAUUCAUGGCGGAGGAUUCAUUUCGGGCUCAUCAAACUCUCUUUUCUACUCUCCCGGCUACUUCAUGGACGAAGACGUCGUCCUCGUCACCUUCAACUAUCGACUCGGCCCUCUUGGUUUCAUGUCGACGGAAGACAAGGUGAUGCCAGGGAACAUGGGACUGUUGGACAUGAUCGCCGCCUUGCAGUGGGUCCAGCAGAACAUUCGGCAUUUCGGAGGAGAUCCUCGAGCCGUGACCAUCAUGGGAGAGAGUGCAGGGGCCGGUGCCGUUCAUCAUCUCAUCCUGUCUCCGAGGGCCCGAGGUCUGUUCCGAGCAGCGAUAUCCGAGAGCGGCUCGGCGUUGUGUCCUUGGGCAGUGGCAGAGGGACAUCGACGAGGCGCGGAGGGCAUCGCUUCCAUCUUAGGCUGUCCCACGAUGUCCUCGGCUGAUUUGCUCCUAUGCCUGCAACAAGUUCCCGCCGAAGCUAUCGUCGGCCUCUCCACCAAACUCUGGGAGUGGCAAUAUUUCCCAUUGUUGUUUGGGCCCCGUGUGGACAGAGAAACGGACGGUCCAGUUUUGCCCGAUGAACCUAUCAAUAUGAUGUUGGAAGGAUGUUUCUCACGAGUUCCAUGGCUCACUGGAAUUAAUAAGGAUGAAGGAGUCCUCCUCGCAUUAACUCCUUUGGGAAACGAGACGGCAUUAAAGGACCUGAACGAACGAUGGGAAGCGUUGUGCCCGUUGGCUAUGGAUUUCUCAUUCACGACACCUGUUCGAUGUGAUCGAAGGAGUGCCUGCAAUCAAAUCAAGACCAGAUACUUCCGGGGCAAGAACAUCUCUCAAGACAAUGCCUCUCAGCUCAUCGAGGUUUUCGGAGAUCGAUGGUUCAAAGUCUGCGGAGUGGAGGCUGCAGAUCUUCAUUCUCGAUUUUCACCGACGUACUUCUAUUACUUCAAAGGAAACGGAAAGAGGAAAUUCCUGGAUGUCCUCUUUGCCGGUCCUCGCCAGUUCCUACUCAACAAAUCGGCGGAAGCGCAUGCAGGUGUGGGGCAUGGAGACGAUCUCUUGUAUCUUUUCGACGCCAAGAUGAUUCCUCCCAUCACGACCAUGGAACCCAUGGCUUUCGCCAUAAAGAACGCCUUCGUUCGACUAUGGACCGACUUUGCAACCUACUUGGAUCCAACGCCGAAGGGAAAGGAGGUGGAGCUGCCCAGCUGGCCUCUGUACACAGAAAAGAAGCCCUACACCUACAUAAUUGAUGCCCAGCCGAUCGUGGAAUUGGGAAACAUCGGUGAGAAGAGGAAGACCUUCUGGAAUUCCCUCCCGAUCCAGGAGAACAAUCCACUUCAGACCGGGUUCUGAUGAGAUAAUCGAAUGAAUCCUCCGUCGUUUAUCACGAAAUAUGUAAACAUGGGAAACUCGUUGGAUGCAUACCUAUAUGAAAGAUAGGAAAUUUCUAGGAGCGCGUCAAUAGCUUUGCUAUGUAGUUUCUUUAUGUAGCUUCUCGAUCGUUAUCUUUCGACCACCCUUCUUGUUCUCUUCCUUCUGGAGAGAAAAAGUAGAAGCAGCUCUGAACAAAAUUGGCAAGAAGAAUGCAAUUUAUUAUUCUUGAGACAGGGGCCGAAUAAAAUUUUUUCUCAGGAAGGAGUUUCUGGAUUGAGCCUUCCCUUCACGCCCCUCAAGCUCCGCUUCCUCAUUUCUAUGUGCUUCCUAUGUGCUACCUUAUCGUCUUCAUCUAUCACCUCUUUCCUUCGUCGUCCUUCAUGAAAACUUUACGAAUAACUCGGGUCUGGAAAAUCCGUUGAUCAAUAUCGAAAUUUCGGCAAUGCUGAUGCUCCUGAAAAUACAAUUCCACGCCUCCUCGAAAUCCCCCAUUUUCAAAAUGAACUUAUCGGAGUCACAAAGAAAUUUCAUGUUAGGGAAUUCCCGUAAUAGACAUGUCGCACUGUGACCUCACUCUUACCUUCUCCUCUCCUGUCGGUUCUGU